AUGAACAAUAGUUCUUUAUGCAUUUUAUGUUUUCAGCAAUCUAAUAUAACUAAUACAGAUCUCCCUGUUUGCUAGUCUUGCUUAAAACAACAAGCCUAAAACUUGGAGUAAUUUGAAGAUCAAAUUGACAAAAUACAUUAACAAGAUCAAGCAAAAUAAGAUGACUCUUCUUCCAUCAGUGAAAUCAUACCACAGAAAUUAUAUCUAGGAAACUACAUCGCUGCAAAAAAUAAAAACCUUUUGAAAAAAUAUUAGAUAACUCAUAUCCUCAUAUGCGGAGAUUUUCUCAAAUAGAAAUUCCCUGACGAUUUCAAAUAUCAUCAAAUCAUGAUACAAGACUCCUUGAAUCAAUCUAUCCUUGAAUAUCUUGAUGAAACCUUCAAUUUUAUUGAUUAGGCCCAAAACGUUUUUGUUCAUUGUGCAGCUGGAAUAAACAGAUCUCCAGCCAUAGUCUGCGCAUACUUAAUGAAAAAAAAUAAGUGGAAUUAUGAUCAAGCAUUCCAGUUUGUAAAGGAAAGAAGAUCUGUUGUAAACAAACAAACUAAUUUUGCAAAAUAAUUAAAUUUAUAUGAAUAUUGA